AGGAAGGAGGUGUUUGCCGCCGCUGCCUCCCGCCGCGGCGGGGACUCGGUGCCGGGCGGCUGCUGGCGGCGCCUCCCGUCCCGUCCCCUCAGCGUCCCGUCCCGGCGGCGGCGAUGUCCGGCGGGGGCAGCCGGCGGCGGGCCGGCUCUUCCUGGCACAGCACCUUCUCCCGCUUCUUCGUCAGGAGCCCACCCGGCGAGGGAGCGGCGGCGCCGGGGCGGCCGGCGGGCGCGAACAGUUCUGAAAACAAAGGGAAUGAAGCCAUAAAUUUGAAGAACAACCAAAAGGAAAGCACAACUUUGCCUGCACUUUUGAAGGUUUGUCAAAAUGAAGAGAAGAACCAUUCCACAGAAGAACUUAGCAAGUCUGAAAUCCAGGAGGAGCUGAAAAAGGCUAACAGCCUUCCUAGUUUGACUCCUGGAACCAAAACAGCAGAUAAAUACAAGCAACCUCGAGAAGGUUUUUUAAAUUUUCUUGGAAGCUUAUUUAAUAUUGCAACAAGAUCUUCUUUGGUAGAAUCUAAACCCUCUGCCUUCCAAGACAAACCCAACAGAUGCGAAAAGGAUUUACAGAACACAGAUACCCUUCUAGAGGACAUGCAGCCAAAGCAUUUGAAAAUGGAAGAGCCUAUCUGUUCUACAUCUAGAAUAAGAGAGGAUUGUGUAAUUAAAGAUGAUGCCAUCUUAAAUAAUAUUGGGAAAGAUAUCUCACAAGAUCUGCGGGGAGGCUGGAAACGAUCUGCAGAUGCACAAAGGCAGAUACAACGGAAGCCAGAAGCACCUGCAGUCACUUAUGCAACGUACCGAGGUUCUGCAAGGAUUAGGCAGCUACUGAAGAAUCAGUCAGAAGUGGCUGAAAAAGGAGAACAAAGUACUGAGAACAGAAACGCUUCCAUGGUUACAGAAAAUGGAGAAAUCCAAACAAGGGUCUCUCAAAAAUCAGGACACUUAGUAAAAGAAAAUGGAGAAGAUGAGGGUAAAGCUUAUGAAGAUGAUGCUAUAGUAAAUUCUUCCGCAGUUAAAAUGGGAAGGAGUAAGUCUGGUAAAGCUCAGCAUUGCUUGGGUAACAGUAAACAUGAAGUAACUGCAAAGGCCACAACUUCAUCUACUGAAUUGUCUCAUGAGAUAGACUUAAAACAUACACCUACUUUACCUGCCACAAAAGUUAAAAGGACACAUUCACUAGAUUCAUUAUUGUCAUCUAGUAGUAGAAAAAGUGAGAUCCUAACCAAUUCCACUUCUCAGAUUACCAAUUCCCUUAAAAUGAGUUCUGCAAACAAUUUGGUCAGAAAAGAAGAUGGACUUCUGGGAGAAGCAGCAGGUCUGUUUCAGACAGACAAAAAUGCCACUUCUAACUUCGAUAAAGAAAAUGAUUGUAGUAAAACAGCCAAUCAGGAGUCCACAAAAGAAGUGCAGGAUGAUUGUUUACAUUCACCCAAAUCAGAAAGUAAGACAGUUAAUGAAGAACUACAGGUGAGUAAGGGAGAAUUUUGCUGUAAUCAUCAAAUGGAUAGUCACUCGGAGGUAAUAUUGGAUGGCCAAAUGCAUCAUUCCAGUACCACUACAUUUCAGCAGCAAGAAGAUCAGCAUACAGAUAGUGCAAAUAAAGACAGUGAUCCAAGAAAAAAUUACACACAGAAAAUUGUGGCAGCUGUAGAAAGAGAUCAAAAUCCACAGAACUUUCUUGCUACUGUUCUUUUACCAUUUAAUGAGCAAAUACCCACUUUGCUUAGCAUGGAUUCCAAAGGAGAAAAAUGCAUAGUGACAGGUAAUCUGACUACUUCCUUGUCAUCUGUUAAAAACGAUGAAGAUAUAGCCAUGGGCAGGGGGACUUCUGAUGAAGAACCGACUGAGUUAGGGAAACCAAUACACGUACAAAAUGAUCACCAAUUAAUCCAUGUGCAGAAUUCUAAGUAUACUGACACACAGCAGGCUGGUUUACCUUGUCUGGAGACUGGGGAUGUGCAAAUAAUGAAGGUUUUAUCUGAGGCUGCAGUGGAAGAUCAUGCCAGUGUAUCACCAUGCAUGCAUGGGUGUGAAAGUGUGAAAUCUAACUUCGAUGAGCUGACAGCACCUCUCUCUGUAACCUGUGAGUCUUUUCUUGAAAGUGGAGGCUGUUGCUCAGCUUCUCUUCAUCGUAGUUGCAAGUUCAAAAAUAAAACUAUAGGGAAAAGAGAAGACAGCUUAAAAGAUGAGAGAGACACACUCUCUCUUCCUGAUCUUGAAUAUGAGAAGAGCAAAUCUUUUGAGCCUGUAGAAAUAAGCUUCUCGGAGAACUCUAUUCCUGUCCACAACCCUGGUCCUGUUUUCCUUGAAACUGUUCAAGACAUUCCUGACAAGGCGUUAGUUAUACUCACAGAAGAUAACACAGCAAAUCCUGCACCUUGUGCUUUAAUUACCAUUGACAGGACAGAUAAUCAUACUCCUGCUGCUUUUAACAUCGAGGAGGCUAGUGUGACUGAGGUUGCUCUUGUUCCUUCUGAGUGUAAAGAUGGCCUCUUUGAACUUGCCUCUCCUAUUUCUAAGUCACAAGAAAAAAAUUUGGAGGUUUCUUGUUCUGCCUUGAGAUACGGAGGAAGACCUUUGACCAAUCAUUCUGCUUUCAUCUGUGAAAAGGAUAUUGAUGUAGGCAUUAUUUCUGAAUUUCCACCCAUUUCUGAAGAUAGGUGUAUUAAUUUAAAUUCCAAGAAGGAAAACAGUAAUAAGGCUAGGAUAUCACCCACAGUGCUUGAUUCUUCAUCUGACAACCAAGGAAAAAUGACGCCUUCUGCGGCUGACUCUGAAAACGGCCAGAUUGCUAGAUGGUGUGCUGCUUCUGAACAGGACAGCUUUAUUUUUCCAGCUGAUGAGUCUAGAAGAAUAAUCCCUGGGGACAGAAUGACCAAGGUGCCACUUUGCUCAGGAGACCCGAGAGCUUUGGGCCUGGCUGGUUCUCUGGAGCCUGACCUUACUCCAGCUACACUUGAUUGCUCUGCUGCUGGAGUAGAUGUGGGGGGUGUUUGCAUCCCCAGUCCCACUUCACCUACUCUGGGAUUCAGAGAAGCCUCCAACGUUUCCGUUUCUGCCUUGGAAAUAUUGGGCGUUGCUCAGGGGAAGAGUAAUUCUUCCAGUCACAGAGCUAGUAAUUGGACAGAGGUGGCCUCCUCCACGCAACAGACUGACAGCAGUGUCUUGGCAGAGGCAAUGCCAUCACCCAUCUGUCCUUUGAAAUCUUUGGAAACAGCAUCCGAGUCAGCCUGUGCUGAGAUUGCGUGCGGAAAUGCAAUGGGACAGGUGAUUUUUGGUAACUGUGCUUCUGCUAUCUCAGAAGGCCCUUCUGCAACAGAUAAUCAAACAGCUGCUGCACCUGCAGAGUCAAAUGAGCUCUGUUCUGAGGACAUAUGGGAAGAUACCGAUGUGAAGAGACAAGAACGUGCUGAAUUCCAAGAUACUGCUGUUUUGAUUGAAAAAGCUGAGAAAAUAGUGGACUCGGUUUUACACUUGGCUAUAGAAGAAAUAGUAGCAAAACAAGCCAUUGGUGUCUGCCAGCUUUGUGGGAUCAAGGGUAGUUUAAUAAAUACGGAUAUUCUAAAUGAUCAGAAAGCUGAAACUGUACAGCUGGAAGCAGAGGAAAUCCAGUCAGCUGUUCAGUCAUUAAACCAUUCAAAUGAGAGCAGUGGAGGAGGCUCAUCUUCAUUUACAGGAAAUGAAACAGUGGAUACAAAUAAUCAAGAUGAAAAGAUACGAUCUUGCAUCCCUGAUAAAAUUGACCUACACGGUGCACUAGCACUAAAAGCAAAAGAAACAACUGAUGAAGUCAUUAACUCAGCCAAACAAAAACUAGCAUCCAGUCAGUGGCAAGGCAGUGAGAAUAAAAGGCCUUCUGAAAAGGUUGAGCCUAGACCUAAGGUUGAAAUGCCAAAGAUUUUAAAUCUGAACAUGAAGUUACCUGACAAAACACAGGAACCAACAGAGAAGAAGGAAACUCGGAGUGUAACGGUAAACUGUGAAAAGGUGGAUUGCUCAGGUGCUAAUUUGCUUCCAAAUAGUAUGGAAAAUGGCAUAUCUUGGCCCCAAAGAGGUGAAAAGAUACCAAAUAAUGCAUUUACCUGUCAAACAAAUGGAUUUCUAUCAGCUGGUAGUUCAGCAGGGCCAGAAUUGGAUCUUAUGACACCAGCAGAAGAGAGACACGAUAGAAAGGUAUGUGAACACAUGGCAGCAGCAGAGAUGUGUGGCAAAGCUGGAGUAUCAGCAACUAGUAGAAAAUCUGAUGGAUCUUUAUGUUUAAUACAUAGAGAUGCUACUGUGACUGAAGAGCUGCUUUUGUCAUUGCAGUUAAAAGAUGCAUGCAAUAAUACAAAUAUGCUAGACUGCACAUUGCUGCCAACUGUAGAUGUUAAUUUGUCAUCUUUUAUGCCUGAUGAAGAAUGUAUAAGCAUGCAGGGUGAAUCCAAAGACAAAAGCAGUCCUUGGGGAUCUCUGGAUAGCAGUGGAGAGGACACUCUCUAUGAACACUGCGGAAGAGAGGCUGCAGAAGAAGUAGCUGCACAACUAAAAGCAACCUUAGAAGAUUCAAAGGCAGUGGAGAGUAAAGAGGAACUAGCAGAAGGGGCAAGUGAGAUAGCAGAGGUUAAUCUUGGAUUAAAUACACAAUUCAUUAUACCUGAAUUGUCUGUUACUGGAGAGGACAGUGAAGGGAAAAACUGUUUCAACACAGUCUUUUCCCAAAAUAAUGAGAAGCUGAAGCAGGUACAAGUGAAGGAUCAAGACAUGAAGAGAAAUGAUCAGCCUGAAGAAAAUGGUCUGGACUGCAGUAAUGACAUGAAGGAAUCAACAGAUCUUUUGGCCUUUUCUCCACUAAUUGAACAGUGGGAAAACAGUUCUUUUACUAUAAUUUAUGAAGGUGCCCUUCAAAUGGAAAACAAAUCUAUCUCAACUGAUGAUAUGCAGACUGGUUCACUCACUUCUUCUGAUUUCCCUUCAGAUAAUAUAGAUCAUCUAAUGUGUGAAAGAGCAAAGAAUACACAUGAGCCAGCCUGUCUUUAUGGGAAGGAUAGCAGGUUGAAUGAAGCAACAGAUAGCCAUAGCUCUGAGUCAUUUCUGAGUGUGGAGGCCAAGCGCUAUAGAGUAUAUCCUUUAUCUUUGUCUCCAAUAUACGAAGAUGACAGCUCCCAAGAAGAUUUACUUUCCACAGACAUGUCGCCAGAAGGCAAUCCUAGUGGCAUAUCUAAAGAUAACACUGACCAUGCUUCUGUGCUUUCCCUUCUUCAGUCAGUUUCUGAGCGCUUGCAGUUUACUACUCAGUUGAGUGAAGAGGAGGAGGAGGAGGAGGAGGAGGAGGAGGAGGGAGUGGAGGACGAGAAUGAAGAAUCAUCAUAUGAAAAAAGUAUGCUUGAUGUUGAGAGAGAUAACGACUGUCUAUCGAGCCAGUGGAGAGGGAAUUUAAAAACAACCUUUCAGUCAAAUGACCAAAAUAGAUCUUUGUUUCCUGAACAAUCACUUUUUCUUUCAAAAGAACAACAUGACUCUAAGAAGCAACCAGAACUGUUUCCAGAUGUGGCUUCUCCCUGUCAAACACCUUGUAAGCCAGUUUCACAGAAAGCUGAUUGUGCUCUAAGGCAUCCUCCUACGAGUGUGUACUACCAGUAUUUGAAAUCUGCUAGCAAUUGCUCCUUCGAGAAGGGGACCAGGUUUGGAAGCAUUCUCCAGGAUAUGUUGCAGCCAAAGAUUCACUGGUCUCAAGACACCACCAUGCCAAAACUGCGAGAAUUGUCAGUGAACCUCAUUGACAGGGCAAGUCUCAAAUACAAUCCAAGACCAGGAAAGAUUAUUAUAUAUGAUAUUUAUGGUGACAAAACUAAACAAGAAGUUCAUUCUGAUGUGCUAGACACCACGUCCUGGAUCUUUCCCACUGGAGCAUUACUUAGGAUAAUUAGAGGAUGCUGGAUUUUUUAUGAGAAACCAAAGUUCCAAGGUCGGAAAUACGUACUAGAAGAAGGAGAGGCUGUGCUGGAUCACCUUUGGGAUCUCCCGGGCAUGAAACAUCGUCAAAGAAACCUCACUGUUGGUUCAAUCAAACAUGUAACAAAGGACUGUGGCGUUCCAGAGGUAGAGUUCUGCCUGGCAGCUGGUGGUACAGAGGGACGUCCUAUCUGCAUACAGGGUGCGGUUGCCAAUUUAGAAGAGCUGGAUGUUGAAAAAAACCCUUAUAUAAGAGUCAAAUCGGGCGUAUGGCUUGCUUACUCAGACCUUAAUUACAAGGGAGAGAUGAAGGUUUUGGACGAAUGCGAUUCACCAUCUGAAAUUCCUUCAGCAGAUAUAAAAUCUCUGCGUCCUUUAAAAAUGGGUGGACUAAAGGUACAGAUGCCAAUGAAUGUUAAGAUAAUAAUAUAUGAGAAAACCCACUUUGGAGGAUGGUCAAAAGAGUUUUCAGAAAACAUCAGUUCCAUCCCAGCUCUCUUUGGUAGUGAAGAGGAGUUUCAGGAAGUUGGAUCAAUACGUGUAAUCGGUGGAGUAUGGGUUGCCUAUGAUAAGGAACGCUACAAAGGCCGUCAGUACUUGCUGGAGGAGGGAGAUUAUGAAGACAAACACUCAUGGGGGGAAGCUGACAGUGCCCUCCUGUCUUUCCGGUUCCUUCAAGCCGAUUUUAUAGAGUCAUCAGUGGCACUUUUCCAGUCUGAUGAUGAAGAUGGGAAAGCACUAGACAUCAUCAAUGAAGAAAUCCCUGAUGUGGAGCAGGCUGGAUUUGGCCCAGAGACGAGGUCAAUUCUUGUGAAAAGUGGAGUGUGGGUUGCAUAUCAGCAGAAGUAUUUCUGUGGAGAACAAUAUGUAUUGGAAAAAGGAAAAUACAAAUGUUUCUUUGACUGGGGAGGAUCUAGUAAAAUCAUCAUGUCAAUUCGACCUAUUAAGUUGGAACCACUUGGAAUGAAUGAGCCUCCACAUUUGCUCAAAGCUUUCAGUAAUACACAUUUCCAAGGAGCAUGUAUAGAUUUCACAGCAGAAGUUUCUGAUUUUACAUCAUUCAUACCAUGUUCUUUUAAGGUUCUUCGGGGAUGUUGGCUCCUGUAUUACCAAGGGGAAAUCACUGACAAUCACUGUGUGCUGGAAGAAGGCCUCUACGUUGACCUCAGUUCCUGUGGCUGUCCAGCUGCUACAAUCAAGUCCCUCAAGCCUAUUCAAUACGUUUUUGCUGAGCCCUCCAUCAGUCUGUUUGCUCUGGAAUGCUGCAAGGGCAGAGAGCUGCACUUCAGUGAACCCGUCAAUUCUGUUUUGAAUGAGGACCUUCAUUUUUACACUCAGUCUGUAUGGGUGAGAAGUGGAUUGUGGAUUGCAUACGAGGGAUCUAAUUUUUUAGGAAAGCAGAUCCUGCUGGAGCCCAGUGAGAUUUCAAACUGGAAUGAACACAGUGGCUGGAAAGUAAUCGGCUCCCUUCGUCCUGUGAAGCAGCCAGCGGUGUACCUCAGAGUGCGGAACCGAGCCCAGGGUAAAUACCUGACAGUUGCUGGAAGCCUCGCAGAUAUAAGAGCAACAUCGGUGUGUGCGUCCCCCUACAAUGGCAAGAACACCCAGAUCUGGCACUACUGUCGUGGGCUCUUCAAAUCCAAGGCUAACAAUGCCUGUCUGGAUGUCAUCGGUGGCAGAGAUGUGCCUGGGGCCAAGGUCGCGCUCUGGGCAGAGCACGGGAAGGACAGGCAAAAGUGGAGACUCAAUGAGGAUGGAACCAUCAGUUCAUACCUCAGUGAACAACUGGUGCUUGAUAUUAAAGGAGGAAAUUAUUAUGACAAGAAUCACAUCGUUAUGAAUCAGCCAACAGAUGACAAACGUUCACAAAAAUGGGAUAUUGAAAUAUUGUGAGUAAAACCCACCACACAGAUGGACCUUGUGUGGGUUAGUAACACCAAGAGGGGGAAAAAACCCAAACUACUGAAGUCACACACCACUGGAAGCUUAAGCAGCAACUUCUACUUUCCUUCAUACCAGGCACCAGCUCUUAAAACAACUGAAUUUUGCACAAAUCUGGAAGAUGGGAGGUUCAUCUAAUGCCUUUCUGCAGGGACACCAAUUCUUUAGAGGCCGCUCCUAUGAAAGUCACUAUUACUCUUCAUCCGAAGUAUUAAAAGUAAAUGCAAAAUACGACACAAGUUUUGUAGGAUACUGCAAAGAGAUAAUACGUGAAGGGCUCUUUAGAACUGUUGUCUUUACCUUCCUCUCAAACUGAUGGAAGCUCACUGAAGAAUGAAUGCACUGAUGAGCUUGAAAGAGCUUGAGUUGGGCUUUUAUGUCCCAAGUGAAGCUGUUUAGGCUCCAAGCAAGCCUGAAGCUCAAAUUGAGUAUCUUGUUACAAUGCAAUUUAUUCAUGAAGACAACUUCAAGCUGGAAAUGCCAGCUCAGCAUGUGAAAUGAAGCAACAGGGAAAACUCCCUCUUGCCCCCCCCGCGACAUUACUGGUAGGCCUCUGUCUUCAUUUGUUUUAACAGUACCAAAUUUCCAGAUUGAGGAACUGGUUUUGCUGACCCACGGCCCAUUUCCAACCCUUGAAAUUGUCAGUUACGACUGAAGAUCACCUUUAACGUGGAGCCAUAUGUGCAUGCAUCAAAAGAAAAUAAAUGGGCCUGGGUCAGGCUAGACUUCUGCAAGGGCUAGCUGCAUUUAGAGCAGUAAUGAUUUUAACUCUAGAUGUUUUGUUGUGAUGUAUAUAGAUUAAUUUAAUACAAUGUAAUUUGGUCUUGACACCAUGUCUUCCUUCAGCCACCAUUUACCCCAGUCUCUAUUUUCAAAGGUGCUAGCAGCCUGCACGUCAACGCUUGCUUGAUAUUAACAGCAUAACUGCACGUUAACGUUGCUGUGGCUCAUCAACAACAUGUACAACUUAGUCUCAGCCCUCGUCCUUUGGGCUAACAGUCCAGUCCUUGGCAUGCUGGUGCUUUCCUCCAUUUCAGCACUGUGCAACCAGCCUGCUAGCUACCGCUUGACACAGACAGAGCCAAAUACCUUAUUAGACUGCAGGUGUUGCAAACUUGAACAGCUUGUUCCUUGCCCAACACUGACAAAUGCAGAAGGAACCGCGGAUAGUUGUAGGGCUGUGAACACCUGACACGAAAGAGAAGUCCCUUAGGUCACUGGUCACUUCAUUUGAUUUCAGCAUCACUAAAUCCACUUCAUUAAAAAUGUAAUAUUUGUUUUUCUUAUUUGUAUAUUCAGGGUAUGUAUUUCUAUAACUAUUUAAAGAAUUUAAGUUAGCUAAAGACAGAUAUUUUAGGUCCCAAAAGCUGUAAGUAUUCCAGUUGUGCAUUCAAACAGGACUCAUCCCCAACCAACCACACACACGUAACUAAGUUUGACACAGAAAUAAAAUAUAUUGAUGUCUAUUUUUGUAUUAGAGUUCUAUAUAGUACUAUUUAAAAAAUAUCUACUUGCACUUACUAUUUUACAUUCUAAAAUUAUCAUAAAUCUGCUGUUUAAGUAACAGAUUUUCAAACGUCUGUAUAUAUUUUUCCAACUAAGUACCUGUUUAGCUUUUUUUUAUGUAAGUCAGUAUAUGAAGUGUUCUACAGGUGACUUGCUUUCCGUAGGAAAUUUUAAAAGCCUGUGUAAAAAGUUCUAGUCUUUUAAACCAAGAAUGACUAAAUCGUAUUUGGUGUGUCAGUGUUAAAUAACAAAGUAAAGCAGGCUUUUGUACUUAAGAGAUCUUGAAUGUAAAAUGCUAAGCAUGUAUAUUUUAACUGUAUAAAAUGUUUUUUAGAAGGAA